CGUGUUGCGAACUUACUUUUAUAUGACUAGCUUGAAAAGUAUUUCCAUAAGUACUAAUUGCCACAGUUCUCCCCCGGUCAGAUCUGCAAUAUUUUCAAGUUUUUUGAGAAAAUAAUUGUUUAAGUAAACUCAUCAAGGUGCAAUAUCACAUUGUUGGACCUUGAAGUAACAUUCUCGUGUUGGGAGCUAAUGCAAAUUCUUCGCACAACUCUGAAAGCAUAUUGUGAUUUUAUUCUUUUACUGAUGAUUCUCAACAUUUUUGGUUCACACACUUCUUGUUUAGUUUGAUACCGUUAUUACAAUUAUCUCCGCUUAACACAGGCGUUCUAUAAAUAAAAGCUAUUUAAUUCACAACCACUGAUGUAAAAUCAAUAUACGAGGGAUUUAGUUCGAUUAUAAGCGCAGUUGUAAAUAAUUAUCACUUGUGUAACGUUUAUGAACCUCAACUGCGCUUAGUUCCUGCUACAUAUGUUUCUACUCUGUAUAUAUACAGAGUAUUACCUAAGUAUACUUAGGUAAUGUACUGUAGUAUAUUGCUUACUGUAUCAUAUUGACGGGAAAGGCGUAACUCAAAGAUGAAAUGUUUUGUAAGGUUUCUGAAGAAUGGAAAGUUAACCGUGCGAAGAAUUCUCAUUUCUAACUAACCCUGUCCUGUCUAAAUAACUUUUUGGUGAACUGCAAGCACUUUUAGUGAUUUAGAAAAGACUAGUGAAAUCUAGUGUUUUUUAUGACUUGGGGUGUGAGGUGGAAUUCUUCUCCUAUCCCUCUACCCUGGAAUAAAUCCAUAAUGGCAGACGAAUUUCUAAUUUCUUGAUCUAAGAUAGCAUUAUCAGUCAGUUUUUUCAUUGAAGACUAAAACUGACUCAGCGUAUAAACAAUAUACUUAGUGGUGGAUGUUAACAUCUGAAUGCAGGGUCCAAAUAUCAUGAAGUGGAAAACAAUUUAUGGUGACAAUUGAAUAAUAUAUCCUACUUUGAUGAUUAGUCUUGCAAUUAAAGGCCUUAACAACUUAUACUAGAGUUGUUACAUAGACUCAAGGACUCGGCUGAGUUUUAUUGACUUAUGUAAUUUAAGUCAUAAGCCAGGUAACUAAGUAGUACUUUCGCUUUUAAUAUACCACUUGGGAUCGCAUUAUAUUGUUAUGUUGCUUUGAGACAUGUCUUUUUAAAGUGAACGACAGUGUGUCUCUAUAUACUAAGAUUGCAAUAAGCAGUGUUGAUGUUACCCUUUGGAUGUCGAAUGGAAAGUCCACUAUGUAUAAGCACUUACCAUGAUUUGACUGUCUUUCCAAAAAGAACUGGGAUAAUAUGCAGCAUAAACAUAAAAGUAUGACAAUCAUCCUCCAUUUCAAUAGUUAUUAGCUGACUAAUCCCGGGACGGUCUAGGGAAAGCUGAUUUAUGCGUCAUGAACUUCCUUUGUACCAUCUUUGUGAUGAUCCAUCUAAGGGAUUUCAGAAAAUCCUAAAACACAGAAUCAAACCUUAACAAAAUAAGAUGUAGGAGUAAAUAUUUAACAGCUGUCAGGCCAGCAGUCGGUCAGCCGCAACGUAGGACCAGGCACACAUAUGCAUCAGUCCAAGUUGCCAUACCUCAUUAGCACAACAAAAUGUACGCCGAAUUCAUAGAAGUAGUUGCUUCAAUGGUAGUGACAAAUAUAAAAAAUUGCAUGUAAAGAUAUGGUACAGGAUGAAAGAAUUAAUUGGUACAAAGAAAGGUAUGAAGCAACUUUAAUCUUAUGGUUUAAGGGAAGACAGAGUGUAUACACCUACGCCAUUGUGAUCGAUCCUGAACCAUGUCACCCAGAGUCUCCAAACAUUCGUUACGAUAGUCACGCGGACCCCAACCAAGUAGUCUGCAUCUACCAACAUGGCUAAGACGAGGAGUUGGUGACUUCAAGCUCUGAUGCCACGUUUUGGUUUGGCUGCCCCUAACUUUCUUCUAGCCGUCUCCAACAUUAGUCAGCAUUGUGCGCCGUGGUAAUUGGUGGUUGGACAUGUGCAAUACGUCACCCAACCAUCUCAGUCGAUGAAGAUUCAUAACCUCAUCAACUGAUUUACCAUCAUUCCCUAAUACCCUGCGUCUAAUCUGACUAUUACUUACCCAGUGAUCCCAACAGACCCAAGUAAUAUUUCUAAGGCAUCUGUAAUCAAAUACCUGUAGCUUACGAAUAUCUUCUGCUCUUAGUGGCCAUGUUUUGCAGCCGUAAAGUAGAAUAGAACGGACUGCCGCGCAGUAUACUCGUCCUUUUAUUGAUAGACUGAUAUCUCGCCUUCGCCAAAGGUGACGUAAGUUGGCAAAAGCCAAUCGAGCUUUUCGAAUCCGUGCUGAGAUUUCGUCCGAUACCAACCCAUUAGGGCUGAUCAGACUUCCAAGUUAAGUAAAGUUGUCAACGCGUUCGACUACUUCACUCCCUAUCCUUAGUUCGGGUGUUGACUCAGACCAGUCCUGAAGCAACAACUUGCAUUUAGAGUGAGAGAAGUGCAUUCCAAACAUUCUGGCAUUGUUGCUCAGUGCUACCGAAAGACUCAGCAUUUUAUCAGCGUCUUCACCAAACAGGACUAUGUCAUCCGCGUAUUCUAAGUCGAUAAGUGGACCUCCUGGAAGAAGAUCAACACCCGAGAAUUCAGUAGACGAGAAUGUUAUUUCCAUCAAUAAGUCUAUGAUGAAGUUAAACAAAAAUGGAGAAAGUGGACAGCCUUGACGGACACCACUUGAGGUUGCAAAAGCAGAUGAAAGUUCGCCAUAAGCUCUGACUCGACUAGUAGUGUUCGAGUAAAGAGCCUUCACAAGGUUUAUGUACUUCUGUGGUGCACUUUUCGAUGACAGACACUGCCACAGAAUCUCGCGGUCUACCGAGUCAAAUGCUGCUUUUAAAUCAAGAAAGACCACCAUUGUCGGACGCCGAUAAGUAUGUCUGUGUUCUAGAACCUGACGAAUGGUGAAUAUGUGGUCGAUGCAGCCACGACCAGGUCUGAAGCCAGCUUGAUUCUCUCGUGUUUGCGGUUCACGAGUCCUAGUUAAGCGUCUGAUAAUUAUCGAGGCUAGUAUUUUAGAUACUAUAUUAGUUAAACUAAUCCCUCUAUGGUUGUCACAGGAUGAUUUUGACCCUCUCUUAUAUAUUGGGACGAUAAGUGAUUGUGACCAGUCAGAUGGGAUAACGUCUAACUCCCAGAUCUUAGUUAAAAUAUUCGUCAACCUAGUCGCUAAACUUGGACCACCAUCUUUAAAGACCUCUGGAGACAAUCCAUCUGCCCUUCCUCGUUUCAGAUUAACUAUAGCCUUUUGAACUUCUGCUAGAGUUGGGGAACCUAUUUCAAUGCUCCAUUCACACUGUCUGGGAAUGGAGGGUAGUUGUAGAGUAGCUGAAGGCCAGCUGAACUGUUCUCUGAAAUGUUCCGCCCAUCGUUCUAAACGUCUGGACUGGGAGCAGAUGAGUAUCGUCUUUUUCCGAAAUAGUCUGACUUACACUUGACUUAUUAAUUCCAGUUUCUUUUAUUAGUCUGUAGAGCUGUCUUGUGUUCCCUAUAGUCGCCGCCUUUUCCAUCUCUUUUGCUUUCGUUGCCCACCACUGCUCACGGUCGUUCCUUAGACUUUUGGUUAACCUAGAUCUAAUUUGUUGUUGCUCUUCAUCGUGUUCAGAGCCUGAUGGGAUGAGUUUACGAGAAUCCAUCAGUGCAAUAGACCUUGAGGAAAUCCAUUGGUUCUUUGUAACCCUGUGGUUUAAACCACUGAUAGAUGUCACUGUUGUUUCCACAGCUGUUUGUAAAUCUUUCCAAGCGGCAUCUGGGUCAGCCUCGUUGUUCUCGAUGAUUGUUGAGGCUAGUAUUUUAGGUGCUAUUUUAGUCAAACUAAUCCCUCUAUGAUUACCACAGGAUGAUUUUGACCCCUUCUUUAAUAUUGGGGCAGAUGGGAUUCAUGGGAUGGAUAUUCAAAACACCAACUUUACUUACAGCUAAAAUGUCAACAAAUUUCAUACCUUUCAUUUUUUUCCAAUAAAACAAGAACAGUAUAAAUGAAAUAGUAGGAAUUUGUUCAUUAUGUGGAUUCUUUUUAAAAGUUUGAAGUCUAAAACAUCGAUAUCAAUUUUUCGAAAAACGGUAUGUGGACACUUUAUUAAUGUUCAUACAAAAAGUAUCAAUAAAAACAAUAAUAUAGAAAUAGGAAAAUUGAAGGUAAAAGAUGUAAAAGCAGUUGAAUGGGUCAUUUGUUAUACUGUUGAAACGGACAAUAGUGACUAUAAAUAAUACACCUUUACUAGGAAACGAUUAUGUAUUGUUAAAACUACUAAAAAUAAGGUUAUUGAUAACUUAACGAGCACUAAUCAAAAUACGAUAAAUGCAGUGCAUCUGUUAAUGGUUUAAACUAUUUUUUCUAGUUAGCCUUUUUGCUUCAUAUACACAAGGAGUUGCAUUGAUGCUAUCCAAACAAACACAGAAUGCACUUAUAGGAUGGGAAUCUCAUGGACCCAGGAUCCUCAAAACCUUCUUCAAAACAAAGAACGAAAGAAUCACGAUGAAUGUUAUCAAAUGUUAUACACCCGCCAAUGAUAACAAUGACGACGAUAAAGAUCAGUUCUACGAGAGGCUUCAAUCGAUCAUAGUGAAGGGCUCAGAAAAGGACCUGACCAUACUGACGGAAGGCCUAAACGCCAAAGUUGGAAUGGACAACACCAGGUACGGAAAUAUCAUGGGACGACAUGGACUGAGAGAGAGAAACGAGAAUGGUGAGAGAUUUGCAAACCUAUGUGCAUUCAACAAAUUGGUCAUUGGUGGCACAAGGUUCUCGCAAAAACGCAUGCACAAAGCCACACGGAUUUCACCGGGUCACACUACACAGAACCAAAUCGACCAUAUCUGCACCAAUAAAAAGUUAAGAAGGACGACGAAGGACGUGAGAACCAAGAAAGGAGCUGAUAUAUCACCAGACCAUCAUUUGCUGGCCGCCAAGAUGAAACCGAAACUCAAGAAGCACUGGACAGCGGAGUGGACAACACUACAAAAGUUUAAUACGACGUUUCUUCGGGAUACCGACAGACUCAACAAAUCCAAGAUGUCCCUCAGCAAUAGGUUCCAAGCCUUUCACGGUCUAAUUAAUGGAGAGGGGACUACCAUAGCGAACAGCUGGAAGGGGGUCAAGGAGGCAGCCACUUCAAAAUGUCAUGAGGUUCUGGGCCACAAGAAGCACCAUCACAGGUAAUGGAUCACAGUUAAUACACUGGAUAAGAUUCAAGAAAGGAGGAACAAGAAAGCAGCAAUCAAUAUCAGCCGAACAAGAGCAGAGAAAGCCAAGUCACAAGCUGAAUACACAAAAGGAAACAAGCAAGUAAAGAGAAGCAUCAGAGCCGACAAACGUAAAUAUAUGGAGGAUUUAGCAAUGACGGCGGAAAAGGGUGCAAGAGAAGGAAACAUGAGACGAUUGUAUGACACAACAAUGAAACUCGCUGGAAAUUAUCGUAAACCAGAACGACCAGUGAAAAGCAGGGAAGGUAAUAUAAUCACCAACAUUGAAGAACAGUGAAACACGUGAGUAGAGCACUUUAAGGAACACUUGAGUCGACCAGCCCCACUGAACCCGCCCAACAUCGAUGCAACACCUACGGACUCCCCAAUCAAUGUUGCCCCACCAACAAUUGAAACCAACAUGACGAUCAGACAAAUCGAGAACGGAAAAGUAGCGGUACCAGACAGACGUGGCAGUAACUGCAAGUAUGCUUCACGUUCUGUUCAACAAGAUUUGGGAGGAAGAACAAGUGUCGAUGGACUGGAAAGAAGGGCACCUUAUCAAGAUGCCAACGGAAGGAAAUCUGUACAAGUGUGAAAACUACAGAGGCAUCACACUACUGUCAGUACCAGGAAAGGUUUCUAACAGGGUGUUGCUAAACCAAAUGAAAGACUCAGUAGACACCCAACUUCGAGAUCGACAGGCUGGAUUUCGUACGGAUCGAUCGUGCACAGACCAAAUCGUGACACUACUGAUCAUCGUUGAGUCAGGCAAGGUUGCUUACUCUCACCCUUCCUCUUUCUCCUGGUGAUCGACUGGAUUAUGAAGACGUCAACAUGUAGGGGAAGCAUGGGAUAUAGUGAACAACUAGGAUACAGCUGGACUGUUUAGACUUCGAAGAUGGUCUGGCUCUUAUAUCGCACACUCAACAAAAAAAACAGGAGGACACGACCAGUGCAACAGCAGUAGGUCUCAACAUACACAAAGGGAAAAGCAAGAUUCUCCGAUACAACACAGCAUGCAACAAUCGAAUCACACUUGACGGAGAAGCUUUGGAAGAUGUAAAAACCUUUACAUAUUUGGGCAGCAUCAUUGAUGAACAGGGUGGAUCUGAUGCAGAUGUGAAGGCGCGGAUCGGCAAAGCAAGAGCACCAUAUCUACAACUGAAGAACAUCUAGAGCUGAGAUUUCUAGUUCUUACAGGCUAACUAUAUGGCACUUAGCUAAGUAUGUAUAUUGUUAUUUGGUAAUUGAAAGCCUAAAAAAAUAAAACAUUUGAGCGACUUUAUUCAUGAAGAAAAUGGGAUGUUCAGUGUAUACUUUUUCUCACCUCUAUCGUGUAGAGGGAAUCAUUGUUAUUCUGUAAAUCUAUUUAUCAUAAUAUACGUUCUAUGUUAUGCUUUUUUCUAGUUCUUUGCUACCUGGUUUAUCUUAUUCAGUCUCAUUCUUCAAUAAUCUUUCACCACUCUUAGUAUGAACCGAAAAAAUUGUAGUCGAUUCAGAUAUGAAUCAGAUUUUAUGUCUGUGAUUAUCAACUGACUAUAGUUUUACUCAGUAAUCGUGUAAUAGUCUGACACAGUGUAUCUUGCCCAAUUAAUAGCUGUAUUUUCCUCUUUUAGACUGUAUGGGAGUUAUUUUGUAUCAUUCGGACAUUGCUCAAGUGGGUUUGUGCGACUCGAUGUAGGCUUGCUGUUUUUCUCUGUAUUUUUCUGCUGACAGUUUUCUUGUAUACCAUCGGGAAACAGCAUCAAAGAAGUUACGAUAGUCAUGUGAAUAAACCCAUUUUGUACAUAAUUACUGCUACAUACCAAAGAAACGUUCAACGUGCAGAACUUACAAGAAUGUGUAACACUCUACGUAAUCUGAAGGAUAUUUUAUGGAUUCUUGUAGAAGAUAGCACAGAACCUUCAUGGUAGUCUUUCUUUGGUUUGGUAUUUAGUAUGUUGUUUGAUCAGUCAUUUAUAUCUUAAUAUACACUUUUGUUCAUGAAACUACUAAUUGAGUUCAAUUAGAUGAAAGCCUUAUACCUUUUAAUUGCUCUUUUUUGAAUUUAACUUGGUUGUUGCUAGUCGCAUCUACCUUAGUGAAGUUUUUUCUAACUAUUUGAAAUAUGAUAAUGUGAUAAGUGUACUUUAUUCUCUUUUAGGGUUGUAUCAAAUAUUUUAGAUGAUUGUGGUGUCCCUUUUGUACACCUAAACAUCCCAACACCACAGUCAGAAAAACCUAAAGUGAAUGAACCCUUUUGGUUUCGUCCUAAGGGCAUACUUCAACGUAAUCUUGGACUACAAUGGUUGCGCCAGAAUCUUAUUUUAGGUAGAAACAAAGGUGUCUUAUACAUCGCCGAUGAUGACAACUCCUAUAAUUUACGUAUUUUUGAGGAAGUAAGUUUAUAAAUUUUUGUAUGCUUAAUUUUCAUCAUACUAAAUUAAUGCAGCUUAUGGACACUUUCUUUUUUUUCACUCCAUUAAUUGUCAGUUCCUGUCAGAAAAAACCACGAUUGGUCAGGAUAGUUGGUCAAAGUUAUUGACAUACCAACUGUUCUGUUUUAUACCUUAAGGUGAGACUUGGUUCAAGUUCGGUUAUAAUUAACGACAAUUCUACUGAGCUAUAUCGUUUGCUCAGAUUCUACUAGGGCUGGUAGGUCGGUUAGAAGCGCAAAUAAUUUAUUUGCGGAAGAGAUCGUACCAUCAAGUUUAUCAGAGAGUAUCGGAAGUUAGGUAUUUCUCAUAAAUAACUAGCGUCUUAGAUCCUGACUUCUCAUAAAUUGGGUGAACAUUUAGAAAGCACGAGUCAUAUGAACAGCUUUACUACCUUUGUCGAAUAGACCAGGUUUCACAGAACUGAAGUAGGACUCUGCACUAACAUGGUUCUACAUAGAUACUGAAAAUGGUACAACAGUCCUGUAGAUAAUGGGAAGAAAAGAGUGAAUUUUAAUAGAUAGGCUUUUAAAUCGACAAAUCAAUUACUUCUUGUCUUAGUUUGCCGGAUAUUAAUAAAUUAGGGAUAUAAAGUUUUUUAUUUCCUAGUGUUACAAAGUGCCAUUUGAAAUGUCUGUUUAAGCAGGACAAAAGGAUGUCAGUCUGUCUCACUUCCAAAUGUUUCAAGCCCUGGUAUUUUUUCUCCGCUGUUUCAUUACCAAAAUAAACUACUUCGCUAGCACAUAUUUCAUAAAUUAGUCACUAAAUAACAAAUUCAUGGCAGAGUAUUAAAGCUCAAAAACAUUAGUAGUUUUCAUCUGGAAAUGCAAAUAAAAGCUUGACUAGAAAAAAAAGAUAUUAACUUCUUUGUACCGUUUAUUGAUUAAAUUUAAGUAUGAAAAGUUCAUCCAUAACUUCAGAUGCGUGGUACAAACAAAGUUUCAACAUGGCCGGUUGGAUUUGCAGGUGAACUCCCAUGGGAGGGUUGUGUGACGUCUAAAAAUCGGACGCACAUUAUAAGUAUGUGGUCAGUAUACAAACCCGAGCGUCCUUUUCCAAUUGAUAUGGCAGGAUUUGCAGUUAAUAUUGAUCUUAUUCUUCAACACAAGAAUGCUGGAUUUGACUACAAACGUUUACGUGGAAUGCAGGAAUCACAAUUUUUGUUAGAUCUUGGUUUAAAAAAUUGGAGAGAAUUGGAACCACUAGCAGAUGGUUGUCGGAAGAUCCUAGUGUGGCAUACACGUACAGCAGAACCACUUUUAACACUAUGGAAUAAACUGGAAUCGCAAGGAGUUAUAGCUCCACCUAUAGAUGAUUGGCCCUAAAAUAUGUAGUAUGAUUCUAAAAGAAAACAAUUAUAAUCUGUCUGUCAAAAUACUUUUUACUUAGGCAGUAUUCACUUAUUCAAUCAACUGUAUUCAAAAGAAACCAAAAGUUACAUCCAAACGUCAUACAUAAUCAUUCAAAUUGUUCAUAAUAUAACGCAUACAUUUUCUUAUGUAAAUAAUAUAUAGUUUGUAUCAUAUUACUUAUUAUUUAUAGAAAUAAAAUAUUUUUGAAUUUCUAUCAUUUUUGUAUAUAUUCUGAGUUGCUCUUCUCAAUUGUUUAUUUGUAAUUGUGAUUGUUUUAAUUCCUUUUGAUAAAUAGUAGUUAUUGUGUAUAAUUUAUUCAGUUCGGUUUUUUUAAAACAAAAUCCUUGCUAUCACACAACGAAGCUAUAUGGAAAUCAACAAUUACUGUGUAGUUUGAUCAGCCAAUGAGAAACGUGGUUUUCACGAAUUGAGUUUUCAAUUCAAACAGCUUCCGCAUAAUUUCCGUUUUGUAUUCGUGUGAUGAAUUAAAGAGAUAACUACGUACAUGUCUGAAGUUCACAGAGUACUGAACACGAAGUUUACAAUGAAAUACGCUAUUCUAGUCUAAUUAGUUUACUUUGUACUCACUAAGACCGCUUUUACUGUAUUUCUAUUCUUAUAUAUAUUUCGUGUACCUAUAAUUGGUUGCCUAUCCAGUUAUUUAAAUAUUAUUUUGUUAUUACUGCAACUCCCAUCUCAUCAUAUUGUUUUGUACGUGAUUGGUGUUGAUAUGAUUAUUAAUUCCUAUCGAUUAUUGCAUACAGUACAGUAUAAUUUUUCAAGUCAAACAGUGGUAAUUUCGACUCUCAGUUUGAUAUACAAACGCGUACGAAUUAUACUGAUUUAUAUUGGCUAUUAUAUCAAGUUUUUCCUACACUUGUUUACUAUCUUUUGGAUUGUGUACUUUGUAUCUGUUGUUUCCAUUGCAUCCUGUAUUUUCUAGAGUAUAGUAAUUCUACUUGGACAUAAAUAAAAUUGAUGGCUUUCAUAGGAAAUAUGGAGUUGUAUUUUCCUCAUAUUAGACUUUCAAAUCUGACUUUAUUUAAUGAUUCAUUUGCAUGACCGUUUCAUAUAGUUUCACCUUAUGAACUAGAUAGAUUAUAACACUUGUUUUCCCUUUCUCAGUGAAAUCAUGUUAGUAAUGGGAUAAUGAGACGGAAUUUGUCAUAUUCUUCCUUUCAUUUGUGGUAAGGUAAGUCAGUUGUAACAUGAAGACUACAAUGAAUUUCGUCUCAUUUUCCUGUUACUGGCGUGAUCUCCAUGAGAAAAGAAUACUGAGUAACUAAACAACAUGAUAAAAGUAACUGGUUUAUCUUAUAUAUUUCUGAUGAGUUACCCUAGGAGUAAUUAAAAGCUUAUAGUGCAUAUUACUGGGAACACAUCACAGUAAUUUAUUGCUCUGCAGUCUGUUGAUGAUAUCUUCGCUCCAUAAAGUGGGUCAUAUUUCGUGUUUCGAUUUUCAUAUUUUCUGGACUUUCGAUGGGAAGACUUGCUGCUGAAGGCGCUUCAAGUUUCUUUUUCAUUAUCAAUAUUUCAGACCUAUGUAAAUCUUUCCAUUCCCAUCCACACUUUGAACUGUGCUGACUACUCUACACCUUUUACACUUUAAAGUUCAUAGUAAUUAGGAUGACGUGGAUAAGGUAAACUUUAUAAAUCGUACUUGAUUUUCGAUCCUGCCUGAUAUAACAGAUUAGUCAGUUGUAUAUUACAACAGGUUAUUAAGUUAGUCCAUUAAUUCUGGUUUCGCUUCUUCUAAUUCACGUCAAUCACUGUCGUUGUUCAAUGAGUUCCGAUUCCUCCAUAGACUUAAAUUUACUAACUUGGCUAAUUCAUCGUAUAAAUGCCAUUUAUAUUCGCAGCAAAAAGUCAUUGCUUUUCGAAUAAGGAUUAUAUAUGUUGCCGUUAGAUAGAUGUUCUGUAUUUAAGUAGUCGAAUUUAGAUAACUAUUUUAUACAUGCAGCAAUAGAACGAGACCAUCUUAGAUUUGAUAGAAAAGAUAUUUCUCUCCAACCAUAAAUAGUGGUAUGUAAAAGUAUUUUUUUCGAUAAUUCGUCUUUCCCUAGUAAAAUUUCUUUUGUACGCUGAAACUGUUGUCCAUAUAUAGUACAAAACUCAAGACAACAUGAAUGGUAUGACCUCCAAUCCAUUUCAUAGUGAUAUACACUUUCGAACUCAUCAAUGUUCAACACUAGGCGGGCAAAAAGUGCCAUCACUUUGGCAUUUCAAUAAUCAAUAAUAGUGUCUCAUUAAACUAUUAUGAGAAGUAGAUAUUUUGAAACUUCGUAGAUUCCUAAUAUCUUCCUGUUUGAUGUUGUGAACAGGUUGUGUAACUGUAGUCUUUUCUUAACAUUGCUUUUAACUUUAUAAACUAUAGUUUACUUUUUAUUGGGACAUAUUUUAGGACAAUGGAAAUCGUACAGGAUUUGGCAGCCUCCACUUUGAAAGAUAAUCCAUACUUUAGUGCCGGUGCUGGGCUAUUUGGAGUUGGGAUAGGAAUGGCUGCCCUUAGAAGAAUGAGUCAAGUUAUAAACCUUCUCGUUCGCCGUAAUCUCACUUUAACUUUAGAAGUAGCCAGUCAUGAUAAGGCUUAUCCCUGGGUUUUACAUUGGAUUACGCUGAAAUCUAAUGGACCGUUAAUGAAAGGUGGAAAAAACAAAAUAGGUGGUACAAGUCAACACUUAAGUGUUGAAACUAGUGUAGUACGUACAGAAGGCGGGCGAAUCAAAGCUGCAUUCGGCUUUGUGCCUAGCGUUGGCGUUCACUAUAUGGUUCACCAAAUGAAAUUAAUCCGAAUUGAACGUGUUCGUGCUCAACAAUCCUUACAAGGUGCUACUGUAGCUCCAUUCGAAAGUGUAACUCUUACGACGUUCGGUCGCAACGCCAGAUUUUUUAUUGAUUUGCUCGAGGAGGCUAGAGAAGAAGCUCUUGCACGUGAAAAGGGUUGGACCGUUGUUUACAAGGCUGUUGGUUCAGAAUGGCGCCAGUUUGGUUAUCCUCGUCCACGUCGACCUUUAAAUUCUGUCAUACUGCGUGAUGGUAUAGCUGAAACUAUUGUAGCUGAUGUCAAAGAGUUUGUUGACAACCAGGCCUGGUACACUGAUCGUGGUAUACCAUAUCAUCGUGGUUAUUUAUUAUAUGGACCACCAGGAUGUGGCAAAACUAGUUUCAUAACAGCUUUGGCAGGCCAUUUAGAUUAUAGCAUUAGCAUAUUAAAUUUAAGCGAAUUCGGCAUGACGGCAGAUCGAUUAGAUCAUUUAUUAACGCAUGCACCGCUUCAAACUAUCAUCUUACUUGAGGAUAUUGACGCAGCAGUGCACAGUCGUAACACAUCAAAUAAUGAUCUACUUCAUAGCAAAGCUUAUGAAGGUAUGCCAACACUCACUUUAAGUGGAUUGUUAAAUGCACUAGAUGGUGUAACCUCGACGGAUGGUCGCAUCAUAUUCAUGACUACAAACUAUAUCGAUCGGUGAGUAUCUGAAUUAUUGCAUACAAACUUUUUUCCCAUAUUAACUCUCAUUUCCCAGGUGCAGGUUUGUGUAAUUUUAUUUAGAUCAUAUUAUCCAGUAAUUCAAACCGAAGUAGACGGAGUGGCGUUCUAACCUGCUUCUUGGUAGAUAAAAGUUAAACUCCUCGGCCAUAGUCGAUACUUUGAACAACUAUCAGUAAAGUUGGAAUAAUUUCUUCUUCACUACAACUGGUUCAUAGUGAAAUUAUGUAUUUUAAAUUUCAUUUAUUCGUAAAUAAAAUUUUCAUAUUGGUAAUCAUUAAUGAACAAAUUCAAAACAAACUGACACUAUAGUAGGUAGAACAGAGACUUGAUCCUGCUCUAAUACGACCCGGUCGCGUUGAUAUGCGUGUACGAGUUGACGUUUGCGACUCGUCUCAACUAAUGCGCAUGUUUAGUCGAUUUUACCCACAGUGGACGUCGUCUGACAUUAAUAAUUUAGCUCAAAAGUUUGCAAGUCUAUUAAAGGAUACACCUUUGAGUUCAGCACAAGUUCAAGGUUAUUUGCUGUUGCAUAAAGAUGACCCUUUAAAAGCAAUUAGUAAUAUAAAUCAACUGUUGUCUCCGUAUGAUUCAUAAAUUUUUAAUCUUAUACCCAGUGAUACGCUUAAAAUGUAACGUAAUUUAGAUUCUCAGGAUGGUUUAGAUUAUUGUUGAUUAAUCCCAUUCAAAUUGUUUGUUGUUUAUAAUCUUGUGUACAUAAUCUAUGUUUUUAAUCAAAUAAAGAAAUUCGUAUGAAAAGGUUAGUUAAAAUAUCCAAAUUUCUACUUGAAAUGU